AAUACGGACACUUCGUCGGGAAAGUCGAAAUACCAGUCAAUAUUCGGACCCUCUAGUCGGUGCAUCGUCUGGGGUCUCCAACUGAAGGCCGUUCAAUCGAUGCUGGACUUUGAUUAUGCCUGUGGUCGCUCCACUCCUAGCGUUGCUGCCCUCGUCUACCCCUUCACUGCCAUGAAUUCAGUUUCUGAAGUCUCUGCAAUCGCUUGUGAGGAUGGCUAUGUCUUAGUAGGCGAGACUCCGUCGUCCGACUGGCCUAGUAUUCGCACCUGUUCGAAGUUGAAGCCGUGCCCUGGCGAGGAUGCGUGGGUGGCGACCAAGGAUAGCUCGUCCUCUCUUGUCCUCUUCAUGAUCGUGUGA